GAUAAGACCGUGCGCGUGCGUGGUUUAUAUUUAUUUAUUUCGUCAAAAUACGGAUUUACGUCUUAAUAAACAAUAACAAACUUAUUGCUUUUAAGCCCACAUCUUUAAGAAGUAAAAAUAUGUUUUUCAAAAAUUAAUAAAAUCUGUGUGUUUACAUAGUUAAAGAUUUUGCAACUUAUACGUCUUCUAAGUGAAACCUCAAGAAAGCGAAAUGUUUAUAAACACUACUUGACAGCUAAACGCCGGCUUAUCAGCUAUAAUAAAAUAAUGUCUGCAACUUUACAUUUGUGAAAUGCUAUGCAAAGUUACGCAUCUGUUUAUAUGACUUACUCUGAUUACUUUUUAAGUGUAGUUUAUUAAAAGAUACAAAGCGAAAACACUAAAAAAAUAACACAAGCAAGCUUGGAUUUCUUUCUCAAAGUGAAUCUAAAUAAAAAUGAAUAGUUUACGACAGAACGGCGUAUGUGACACAACGCCUUUGCAGGGUCUUGAAAGUCAGAGCAGUUGUAGUGAACCAUCUUCACCGACAGCCGCUAUAAAUGGUGCAUGCACAGGUUCUGUUUCAACAGGUUGCAUAGAAGGUGCGUUACUUAAAUCCGAUACACCAACUUCGAAAUCUACAAUCUCCCUAGCUAAUCACAACAAUAAUAAAAUUGAAAUUCAUUUGAGUAAGUUUGUAAAUGCCGAUAAACAUAAUAUGGAACCUCAGAGUGCUCGCUCCAUUAUUUGCCGUAUUUUCAUGGAUUUUAUUAUACUGGGAUGUGUUGGUAUGCCAAUACUUGGUUUUCAUCUGUAUGGAGCAUCAUAUAAACGUGGUUUCUUCUGUGAUGACGAAGCACUCAAGCAUCCCUACAAGGCUUCAACAGUACGCAGUUGGAUGCUUUAUUUGAUGGGUUUUGUGGUACCAAUAGCAAUUAUCACGGCUAUUGAAUUCUUUAAGUCACACAGUCAACGUAUGCGCGGAUUCGGCCACCUUUCUGGCGAACGUUACAUUUUCUAUCAUCUUGAAAUACCAGAUUGGUGCGUGGAAUGCUAUAAAAAGAUCGGAGUUCUAAUAUUUGGAGCUGGAGUAUGUGAAUUGACUGUGGAAAUUGCUAAAUAUUCCAUUGGUCGUUUAAGACCACACUUUUUUGAGGUUUGUCAGCCGAUUAUGUAUGAUGGCACUACAUGUGAUGACGCUAUUAAUGCUGGGCGGUAUAUCGAAGAUUUCACCUGCCGCGGAGUAGAUAUGUCUGCGAAGAUGAUAAAAGAAGUAGGUUUGUCUUUCCCCAGUGGUCACGCAAAUUUUGCAUUUUAUACGAUGUUGUACAUAAUGAUUUAUUUGCAAAAGCGCAUGACAUGGAGUCGUUUCAAAAUGUUUAAGCAUUUACUGCAGUUUCUAUUCCUAAUGUUUGCUUGGUAUGCAUCAUUAACACGUGUUUCCGAUUAUCAACAUCAUUGGAGCGAUGUCUUAGCAGGAUCUGCUAUUGGCACAUUCUAUGCGGUUAUAGUGACUUCUUCAAUGUGGUAACAUGAACUCAGUUUUAAAAAAUUUUACCGGGACGAUUCAAUCCAAAAUAUAAAACUUCUGUACAAUUGUU